CCGGGUGCGCUCCUGCCCUGACGGCUCAGCCCGCUUCCCGGGCAGCCAUUGCCAUGGAGACCCCCGAGGCUAUAAAGCCAGAUAAGCAGGCAGGCGGCGACUUCCGCGCCGCUGAGCCCCCCAAGUAAGGAGCAAGCGCCCCGGUGUGGCCCGGCCCCCGCGAGCGGGGAGGAGGCGGAGGAGCGGCGCCAGCAGCUUGAGGAGCGGCGCGCCCCGCCAGGGCUGGAUGCAGGCGCGCACGGCGGGCGCCACCGUCUCAUCGGGGGAGCGGGGGCUGUCCCGGGUGAGGGUGAGUGGCGCGGCUCCAAGCCACAAGGGGCGGAGGGGCACCGGGCAAGCGGAAAACAGCGGGACAGACAGAAGGGGGCCGAGCUUUGGCUCCCGUAGUCUCGUGGCGGGCCAGGCGCGGAGCCCAGAGUAGCAAGCAACCUACACCUCCAGGCGGGAAGCCCAGGGAAGGAGCUGCGAGACGCCAGGCGUGCGGCCCAGAAGCGGCGGGGGAAAGGGAUCCGCUGGGGCACAAGAGUGGAAACGUCGGGACCCUCGGCUGCAGCCACCCACGCGCUGAGGGAGCCACACCAGAGCACCAGUGGGGCCCAGAGCCCAGCGGGGCGCGGGAACAGGGGCGCCCCCGUGCGGAGCUGCCGGCCGCCUAGGAGCGGCGGCCGGGGCCAUGCUCAAGCCCAAGGACCUGUGCCCCCGAGCGGGUACGCGCACCUUCCUGGAGGCCAUGCAAGCGGGCAAAGUGCACCUGGCCCGCUUUGUACUGGAUGCGCUGGACCGCAGCAUCAUCGACUGCCGCGCGGAGCAGGGCCGCACGCCGCUCAUGGUGGCGGUGGGGCUGCCGGACCCCGCGCUGCGUUCGCGCUUCGUGAGGCUCCUGCUGGAGCAGGGUGCGGCCGUGAACCUGCGGGACGAGCGCGGCCGCACAGCGCUCAGCCUGGCGUGCGAGCGCGGCCACCUGGACGCGGUGCAGCUGUUGGUGCAGUUCAGCGGCGACCCCGAAGCGGCCGACUCGGCGGGCAACAGCCCAGUGAUGUGGGCGGCGGCGUGCGGCCACGGGGCGGUGCUCGAGUUCCUGGUGCGCUCUUUCCGCCGCCUAGGCCUGCGCCUCGACCGCACCAACCGAGCGGGUCUCACGGCGCUGCAGCUGGCAGCCGCUCGCGGCCACGGGACCUGCGUGCAAGCCCUCACCGGGCCCUGGGGCCGCGCAGCUGCCGCCGCCGCGGCCCGGGGCUCCAACUCCGACAGCCCCCCCGGCCGUCCGGCUCCCGCGCCCAGCCCGGAGCGCCGACGACCCAGCCCCCGCCGCUUACCUCGGCCUCUCCUGGCGCGCUUUGCGCGAGCUGCCGGCGGCCACGGUCAUGGCGGCGAGGCUGGGUCAGGGGGCAAGGGCUCCGGCCGGCACCGCGCACAGGGCAGCGAGAGGCCCGAGCUGGGCCGGAGCAUGAGCCUGGCGCUGGGUGCUGUAACCGAGGAGGAAGCGGCUCGGCUGCGGGCGGGAGCACUGAUGGCCCGACAACACUCGCCCCAGUCUUCAGGGUCCGGGCGGUGGCGUUCGCAGGAGGUGCUGGAGGGAGCGCCUCCGACCUUAGUGCAAGCCCCCAUUGGCCUGAGCCCCCACCCGGAGGGCGGCCCCGGCUCUGGCCGUUUGGGUUUGCGCCGACGUUCCACAGCUCCAGACAUCCCCAGCCUGGUCGGGGAGGCCUCAGGGCCCGAGAGCGGCGCGGAAUUAGAGGCCAACGCUCUGCCCCACUCGGUGCCUGGGCCUCAGCCUUGGCAGGGGGACACGGAGGCCGUGGUGCUGCACGCUCAGCGGUCUCUCACCUUCCCUACAGCGUACCUUUCCUGUCCUAGAGGGGAGGAAUAGAAGAUGGAUUCUGGAGACUAGACAGCCUUUCAGCCAGGAAGAUGGACCCCCUACCCUGAGCCCUAAGGCUCGGUUCUGAGCCUUGCCGACUCCUGCUGGGUCACCUCCUCCUUACCCCUUUCAUACAUCGGCAGCCAGGCAGCAGAAGAGCUUGACUUGUAGAACAAAGACCUAGUCUCCCCGCUUUGCCUAGUGAUGUGCCCCGGAAUGCCGGAGGCUACUGAAGUCUCCCUUCCUAGGUGUUGGAGACAGAAAGCAAGGAGACUCGUCUUUGAGCCCUUCUGGACAGGAGGGCUGAUUAUGAAGGAAUCUGGAGGUUAAGGUUUUCUGGGGGAAAAGCUCCUGCCUCCAGAAGAUGAGAUCAUAUUUAGGGGUGGGAGAGGCCCUGGUAUUGAAGGCUAAUUGUCCCCUGAAAUAGCUUCUGGGUAAUUUCAGCUCCCACCGGCAGACCCAGUUUUCAGCUUCAUGAUGUGGGGUCAUUGGACUACAGCAACGCCUGUGGAGCCCAGCUCCCAGCACCUGAGCCCAGCUUCAGCUGGGCGGCAGUUGAGUUUUACCUUUGAGGUCUCACCCCUCAGGGUCCAGCCUUAUUUCCUCUCACUCUUAGAGCCUGAAAUGGAAAGGACUUGGCCCUUCCCUGCUCCCACCACUUCCCAGCUCCCCUGGCAGUGCACGUGGGUUCCCCCCUAGGGUGGAAUGGUUGGGAAGGCUUGGUUUAAUUGUAUUUCUUCCAAUCCUCAAAGAACUCGUGUUUUGAGUCUUUGUAUAUGAAGCCGAAAGCAGCGGGUCUGAUCCGAGGCUUAAGAACCUGACAAUAUCUCUUUAAAUAGAAGCUCUGCGAGGGGGAUAAUUGACUGAAGUGUUUGCCACGUUAAACGGCGGCGCGCGGGAGUCGGGAAGCCCACACGAGCCGCAGGUCCGGGUUUAAAUUACAUCAAACUCCUGAGAGAGCUGGAAGGGGGCUGUUAAAGGGCUCCUGCUUCUCGCUGGGCCGUUAAUGGAGGGCAGGGCGGAUGAUGGAUGCUGGAGGUCGAGACCAAGGACCCCUGCCUCUGCCGAGGAGGCGCGUGGGACGCCGGCCCAGCCCAGCUUCAUUACUGGGCAGAUUAGUGAGUCAGAGGCAACCGUGGAGAGGUGGUUAAAUGCCCUUUCCCGGCAGGUUCCUUCCUCUUCCCCUCCCUCUCUGCCUUCCCCUUUGUGCAGGCCUGAGAGGCUGGCGGGGGUGGGGAGAGUUUUAGCCGGUCUGGAGAACGCGUGCCCCAAGAUCUUGCGGAAGCGCUAGCACAGGUAUCUGUGCGUCCAGCCCGCAGGAUCGUUGGCGCUUGGGGGCUCUCUUUGUGAACCCUGAAGGUUGAACGUGCAGCGCCUCACCCGUCUGAAGUGGGGUCCUUUCAAGACGUCGAUCUAUACGCCUUUGCAGAACGGAAGGUUUCUCACGUGAACUCUAAGGAAACUGCCUGGAGCGAGAGUGAUCUGUGCUGAGAUACUGGUCCGGGAGGUGAGCGGGCCUGGUGUAGGUGUCAGACUCCUCCCAAAUCUUUCCACUUCCCUAAGGUCUGCAAGGCCGCGCCCUCUCCCCGCGCCCUGCGCUGGACGUGAUCUCUGGUGCCCCCUGGUGGCAGCGCUGAGCUUUCCUCGCGGCGCCCGGGCUAGCAGUUUGGACUUCUGGUUUUACUAGGGAUCGUCGCAAUGUACUUCUCCCUCUGUGUGCAUUGACCCAUGGAACCCUCUUCCUCUAGUAGUAUGUUAAAUCCGGAUACUUGAAGUCAUUUCCCAGCAGUGAAGUGAGGGACAGUAAACACAAAAACUCGGAUUUGGAAUAGCAGGAGCCCAGACCUGUCUUCACUAAGGACCCCAAGAUCUUCCAAGUUAAGGCUCCCAAGUUCAGAGAGCUUCUGCUCUGUUCUGAACAAUAGGAGUCUCCAACCCCUUGUUUAUAAUUUCUGAAGCUUGGGACCUGCACUGGUUUCUUCUGAUGAGAUUUGCUUUCAUUUUGGGGUGUUUUGCCCUCCCCCUACUCAUUUCUUCCCAUACACCUGCCUCUCCUCAGUACCACUGUCUGGGCGGUGGAACAAUACAGAUGCACUUGAAAAGCCAGAAGGAGAGGAUCUGGGGUGGGAUGGGGGAUAAUUGGACAUCCCAAGUACAAACUCGGUUUUUUUGUUUGUUUGUUUGUUUCCUGAUCCUGGCUUGCUCACUUAUUCCCUGUGUUUAAUUUUCACGGAGGUGUUUUUUUUUUUUUUAAGAUUUUAUUUAUCUAUUUGACAGACAGAGACCACAA